CACUGUAUGUUACGAUAACUGCAAAAUGUAAGGCUGCCCGUUUACACGGAAGCGAAGCAGCCACAGAGCUGCCUUUAACACUAGACUCUAAAGUGAGUUUGGAGCAGCACAGAGGUAUUUCAGAGAAAACCUGUGUAAAACAGCUUUAAGAUAAACAUUUCUUCUUUUCCAGAUUCUCUUGGUCUGCCUGUUCCCACCAGUCCACAACCAACCUCAGCACCAGCAACCACAGUGACUACGACAAUGAACAAACCACCUGGAUUCUUCCCGACUUCAGAGCAACUGGGGUGUUUUGUUCUUGGUUUCAUUCUUUUGAUUGCAGUUAUCACAAAUAUCCUCUUGUGUCAUCAUAAUAAAAAGAAGAAAGCUGCUGUGGCCCAGAAGAGAUACAUGAACCUGCAGGCCCCGGCCGAAGCAGAGGAAAACCACUACAGAGAUUCUGUGCAUCUCGUCAAAGUCACAAACAACAGCAGUGAUGCAGAUGUUCCCGUAUCUCCUCAGCGUCUCUGGGCUCAGAGUAGCGUUGAGAGUGGAUCGUAUGACACAGACUAUGAGCAACAUGACAUCAGUCCAGAAACGGCUUUUCCUUUAUCCACUUUUCAAAACUCAAUGCGAUACAGUGCAGAUGGUAAAAGGCCUGCUGUGAAGGUCACAAACCUGAACAGUGUGAUGGAGGAAGCUGUCCCAGCAAAGGUCACAGUGGGAGGAUACCAGCAAAUCUCUGAUCAUAACUUACAGCAGAUGCGUGGGUCUGCUACAAGUGUGGACUCGUUUGAGUCAUCCUGCACCUCGUCUGGAGAAUGCUACGAAAACACAGGCACAAAUGCACAGGAGCCGUGCUCACAGGAGCCUGCUGAAUGCUAUGAAAAUACAGGGGAAGACAGAGACCGUUUACAAACCGCAGAUAAUGCAGAUUUCUUGAAGCAGGGAUCCGGAAGGUCAUUCCUGGGCCCCACCACAGAUCCUCCCUUCAGUUACCAAGAGCUAGAUAAAGAGGGCGGCUGCAGCAGAGAGGACUCCCCGUUGUACUCCCCCGUCAGCUAUGAUAAUGAGGCAGUCUCUUCAGAAAGUGACUAUGAUGAUAUUGGCAAUUAUUUGCAACAACCUAGUCACGUACAUUAGCUAGAGACUGUGAUGUGGCUACAUUUACACUUAAAAAUAAUGGUGAUGUAUAAUGUAUGAUGAAAUGAUCACAGUGAUGCCAUAGAAGAACCAUUUUUGGUUCCACA